AUAGUGACCGUCGAUUAAAUACUUUCAUGGAUACAAAAUGAUGCUAAGUGAUAGUUGCGACUGUGAUACGUAUUUUAAUAAUUUAAUUAACUUCUAUUUAUACAGGAUGUCCGACAAAAAUGCGCAAAGUGUGUAAAGGGUUAAUAUAAACUUCCAUUCUCUUCUCCGCGCGCAUGUUCAAGGUUUAAUGCAAGUGUACCCUUCGGUCAUUUUCCGAAUGUUUUAUUUUUGAUCGGCAUUCAAGAAGGCCGCGAGAUCAUUGUAGCUUUGCCACGCACCGCACUUGACCGACCGCGGCUAUAAAACGAAUCACCAGCAGCAUAGGAGGUCAGUGCGCGACGCGAAUAUGCUUGAGAGACUACGCUUUUGCCCAAUUUAUACAUUUUGAUAAAAAUGGAGUUGGAGCCACAACAAGAAUCGAAAGACGAGAUCGGCAAUCUAUCAUUUUCUCCUCCGCCUAUGAAGAAAUCUGAGACGAGGGACAGUAUUUCGUCCGUUGAUAGUGAUGUGAGUCUUUCCUUUGACAGAAGAGGCUCCAAGAGCGAGGAGGCCGACUUAUCGGAUUAUGAUAGCGAGAUUAAAUAUGCGAAAAGGAUUAAUAUAGAGCAAGACUCAGGCGCGGAUUCCGUAGAUGAUAUCACAUUGAAGGAAUUAGAAAAUCAGAAACAAUCUGGUGUAGAAUCAGAAUCUCGACUAAUUGAGAAAACAACGAAUGAUCUCUACUCGUUGAAUGAUGAGUUGGCCGAUAAGAUAUGCGCUCAGGUGGAAUUUUACUUUUCCGACGAAAAUAUUAUAAAGGACGCUUUUCUAUUGAAACAUGUUAAAAGGAACAAAGAAGGCUAUGUAUCUUUAAAGUUGAUAUCCAGCUUUAAAAGAGUAAAACACUUCAGUAGAGAUUGGAGAGUGGUCGGGGCAGCUUUAGCGAAAUCCAAGAAACUCGAAGUCAAUCCACAAGGAACUAAGCUACGUAGAGUGGAUCCUUUGCCACCUAUUGAUCAAACGGCAUCUUGUAGAACUAUAUUAGCGGCCAGAUUACCGAUAGACAAAUUAACAGUUGAAUUUGUUGCCGAGAUUUUUAAAUCUUGCGGUGAAAUAGCGUUGAUAAGAGUCCUCAGACCUGGUCAACCUAUACCUUUCGAGGUGCGCCAGGCAAUCUCCAAAAGGCCAGAAUUGACCUUCAACGAAGAGUACGCUAUGAUCGAAUUUACAGACACCAUUUCUGUUCGAAUCGCUAUGCAAAUGACCUUGGGUAACGCAAAAGUGUUUGAAUUAUAUCAACUGGCUGACAAGAAGAGGAAACAUCAACCUACGAGGAAAAGUGUUUUAAAUAGAAUACCGAGGGAGAAUAAUUACAAUUCGUCCAGUUGUCCUAGUGGAUCUGAAACUGAAGAUGGAAAAACAAGACAUAAAAAAAACAUUCAAGAAUAUCCGACGUAUCAUAUCUAUACGAGUUAUCCUUCUCAAGGCUCGCCAUCAUCAGACGUAUGGCUAUCUCGUAAACUCUCUUCUUGCUCCAUAUCCAAUUCCGAUAACGGCUUUAUAUUUCGGCGAUUGUCUUCUUGUUCCGGCUCUAGUUCAGAUUCCAGUAGACGUUAUUCCACAUGUUCAUCUGGUUCCGAAGCAGCUUUUUUUCAUCCAGGUUAUUCGAAUACCUUUUAUCAUCACGAAAAUCGCCGUUACUCUUGCUGUUCUUCUACAGAUUCUUCAACGGAAUACGAGAGAGAUCUUUUUAUGAUAAAUCGUCGUGGAUCGGAUGAUUAUGGAUUUUUUAGAAGAUUGUCGAUGUGUAAUCAUGAUUCUGGUUAUGAUGAGAACAACAGAAGAUUGUCACUUUGUUCUUCUAAUUUGGAACAAAAUGGAUUUUAUCGAUCGAGAAGCAAUAAUGGAAUCGCAAUGAUGCAUUUGCCCGAGAAUGUGACGAGAAUGCCAGUAGGACCUGACGGCACUCGUGGAUUUUUUGGUCGUUCUACAAGAAUGUUUAUAAAACCUAGUCGUCGAAUAUCAUAAAUAAUUUUUUAUAUCAAAAAAUAGAAGUAAGAAGAGAAAAAUAGAAGAGUCGGAUGAUACAAUCAAUAACGUCGAUCGAUGUUUUAACAAUGUGUUAUAUUAUAUCGUAAAAUAAAACGAAUAAAAUAAUCAUUAAUCGAUAUUAUUUACUACGCAAAUCAGAUAUAAGACUAUAUUACGUUUGACAUUAUACAUUAUGGACUAUAGUUUAAUAAACGAUACUUCAAAUACGUAAUAACA